CUGGCUGGUGGUGGUGUCUGUUUGGUGUUGUUGUUGUCACAUAAAGGGGGGAAAAGACAUAAUUGACGAAGUUAGUAUAACACUGAGCCUGUCGCAUGAGGUUACUGGGUGAGCCUCUUCCUGCCAUGACAGCUGACCACCAGGUCACCAGCCCCCCCUCCUUCUGCAGUUGAUGGAUCUGCAGCUGGUCCAGAGAUGACAGACAGCGUCAGGGCCUUCCUCCGCAAUGUUGCGACGGGGAUCAAGGACUCCAUAUUGGGGAUUGGAACAAUCUCCAAGCUGGAUGCCCGCAUCCAGCAGAAAAGGGAAGAGCAGCGGAGGAGAAGGGCUAGCGGGGCCCUGGCACAGAGACGGGCACAGAGUGAGGAGCGCAAACCAGACAAUGACCCCAAAGUAGCCAGCAGGAUUUUUCAGUGCUGUGCCUGGAAUGGAGGAGUGUUCUGGCUCAGUCUGUUUCUCUUCUACCGGGUGUUUAUCCCACUGCUGCAGGCUCUCACAGCAAAAAUCAUCGGUGACCCCUCUCUCCAUGGCAGCGUGUGGUCCUGGUUAGAGUUCAUCCUGACCUCCGUCUUCAGCGCUCUCUGGGUUCUCCCUCUGUUCGUCCUCAGCAAGAUAGUCAAUGCCAUCUGGUUCCAGGAUAUAGCUGACCUAGCAUUUGAAGUGUCUGGCUGUAAAGCGCAGCCGUUCCCCAGCGUCAGUAAGAUCAUCGCAGACAUGCUCUUUAACCUCCUCCUCCAGGCACUCUUCCUCAUUCAGGGUAUGAUCGUUAGCCUAUUCCCCAUUGAUGCCAUUGGACAGAUGGUCAGCCUCCUCCACAUGUCUCUGCUCUACUCCCUGUACUGCUUUGAGUAUCGCUGGUUCAACCAUGGCAUUGAGAUGCACCAACGGCUGUCCAACAUUGAGAGGAACUGGCCCUAUUACUUCGGCUUUGGUUUGCCCAUGGCUCUGCUGACCGCCCUGCCCUCCUCAUACAUCAUCAGUGGCUGCUUGUUCUCUAUCCUCUUUCCUCUGUUCAUCAUCAGCGCUAAUGAGGCCAAGACACCAACAAAGCUGUACCACUUCCAGCUGCGUCUCUUCUCCCUGGUUGUGCUGAUCAGCAACAAGCUUUUCCACAAGACGGUCCACCUGCAGUCCUCCCUGACAUCGUCCACCUCCUCAGAGAGGCUGUCAUCCCCCCACACCUCCCCGUCCCGACAGAGACUUCUGCCCACCCAGUGAUGGACCCACUUGAAGGAGAUCGAUGCGUGGCUUCACUCAACGUGACAAAGUGAUUCUUCCAGGAUUUCCCUUAUGGGAUGGUAUGCGGUUUAGGACAUGUUUUUAAUAUAAUCUCUGGCCCUUUGAUUAUUCAUUUGCUGCACCCACCACACACAUUUUCAGUGUGACACACAAAUUGACUGCCCUGUGCCUCACACUCAAAACACAUUAUAUACUCAGCUCUCGACUUGUUUUCUUUUGUGAAUUUUUUUUUUUUUUUUGUAUAAUGUGCCAUUUGAGUGACUCUCCUUUAAUAAAUGACAGCACAAGACAUCAUGUAGUUUCAAUGUUUAAACAAACUUGUGGCUAAACGAAGGAAUUUUUUUAACUUUGAAGGGGCUUGUUUGCAUUAAGGAGCAAAGCACAGUCUUGUUUUACCUACAGUACGUGUUUUCUUGAUGUUGCAAGUCACAUUCCUUCCUCACAGAUUGAAUGCUUUCCUGCACAUGAAUAUGUUUCUCUGUCAAAUGAUGUCCUAGCAGUUCCAAGAAUGACCUUGUACAGUUAAAAAAGGGAGGCUUUUUUAUUCUUUAAGAGCUGUGUUUUUAGGAGAAUUUACAAAUGAGUCCAGGAGCUGCUAUAAAAAAGGAUUGGUGACCUUUAGUAAUGGAAACCAAAUAACAGUGUCACUCUUGUCAUGUGCUUAUGAGAGAUUUGCUUGGUGUCUCAUCCCAAAUUAAAAUCUCACUCCAUUGUCCAGUGAACAUGUUGCAAAUCACAAGGUGACACCAGCAACCGAAAAGCUGUCUAAGUGUUUUCAGUCUGUGUGAAUUUAGUAGUUGAUAGGUGAGAUGACACUGCCAAAUUGCUGCAUCUAUGUUUUGUUUAUUUCACUUCAACCACUACAAAAGCUAAGCUCUGCAAUAUAGAGAGGAGUUCAACUCUUUAUAUCUUGACAAAUAUGUGAUCAGCCUCGACCUGCUUGCUCUAGUUUCCCCCCAGAGAGCUGAAGCAAAUAUAACUGGUCCCUAAAGAUAGUCAGCUGUUUGCUUUUUGUGCUGUAUAUAAUAUUAAUACAUCCUGAAUGUCCUUCCAACAUGCAAUGACCCCUGUCACCACCUUCUCUGUCUCUCACUCAUCAGAGCUCAUGGCCCUGGGGAGGGGCCACAAUUUUGAAACGGUGUGUAAUUAUUGUAAGAGGAGCAAAGUGUUUGUGCUGACUGAUAUUUGUGAGUGAGGUUUUGUAAAAGUAAUAUGUCUAAUUUCAAUAAAAUUGGUCAGUAUUCAA